AUGGCGAACCAGUUGGAGAAUUUGGUGGAGUCGAUAAAGUCUAAGGUUCGUGCCCUAAAGAAGUCCAAGAAGAAGCCAUACAUUAAAAUGGAUAAGAGCUCAAGCGUCAAGAUUGAGAUCCGUAGCAAGCAAGCUCGUAAGCUCAUCGACAAAACCCUCAAAGCCGCUGAUCGUCCCGAAGCAAACAUUUGGCAUACUCUGCCAACAAGUGCAGAGGUGAUAAUGCUCGGUCUCAGAGGAUGUCCUCAGGGUAGGGAACUCUCUCGGCAUUGUCAUGUUGACUAA